AGCGCUACUCUUUAAACGAAACAGUUUUAACUUUAACAUUGUGACGACACUUUCGUUCUCUUUGGAAAGUACAUUAUUUUUCCUUCAUUUUUCAAGAAAGAAAAUAAAAAAAAAAUGGCUACAGUGAAAAAUGAAAAAAUCGGCAUCAUUGGAAGUGGUCUAAUUGGUCGCAGUUGGGCAAUGCUUUUUGCCGGCACAGGAUAUCAAGUAAUAAUUUACGAUAUUGUCCAAGAACAGAUCACAAAUGCAUUGCAAGAUAUUAAACAACAAUUAAAUCGAUUAGAGAGUGAUAAACUUUUAAGAGGAACAUUGACUGCACAGCAACAAUUUAAUCUCAUUAAGGGUACGUCCGACUUGACGGAAAUGGCGAAAGGCACAAAACUAAUUCAAGAAUGCGUUCCAGAAAAUUUGGAACUCAAGAAAAAAGUUUAUGCACAACUUGACAAAGUUGUUGACGAUAAAGUGAUUCUAUCAUCAUCAACUUCCACCUUCAAACCUUCACUUUUCAGUGAAAACUUAAAGCAUCGCGAACAAAUAAUUAUCUCCCAUCCGGUGAAUCCCCCAUAUUACGUUCCUCUUGUAGAAAUCGUGCCAGCUCCAUGGACAAGACCGGAAAUUCCUGUUCAAACUAAAGCCAUAAUGAUCGAAAUUGGUCAAGCGCCGGUUGUUCUCAGUAGAGAAAUCGAUGGAUUUGCUCUCAACAGAAUACAAUAUGCAAUUUUAAACGAAGUCUGGCGUUUAGUCGCUGAUGGAAUUUUAGAUGUGAAAGAUGUCGAUACGGUAAUGAGUGAAGGACUUGGAAUGCGUUACGCUUUUCUCGGAGCACUUGAAACUGCCCAUCUUAAUGCAGAAGGAAUGAAAAAGUAUUGUGAAAGUUACGCGAAUAGUAUCUACAAUGUGAGUAAAAAUUUUGGACCAGUUCCAAAAUUCGAGGGUGAAAUGGCAAAAAAAAUAAGCGAGCAAUUAAAUGUAAUUUGUCCACUCGAUAAACUUCAAGAGAGACGGACAUGGAGGGACACAGCUCUCACGAAAUUGUCAAUUCUCAAGAAAGAAAUGAGCAAAAGUGAAAAAAAGUAAUUUGUUUAAAGAUAUAAAUUUUAUACGUACUAAUAUAAUAAAAUUAUAAAUAUUAAACUGUAAAUUUUGAGAAAAUUUACUGAAAAUUAAUUUCUUCCAAGUUCACAAAGUUUACAGACUUUGGAUAGACUUUAAGAAGCAAAAAAAGUCGAUUAAAAAUUA